AUGUUUUCAAUUUGGGAAUAUAUUGGAUUUUUACUAAGCAUUUUACCAAUAGUGAACUCAGCUAGUCUUAACCAACCGAGAUUCUUUACUGGGAUAUUUUUGGACGCACUUGCUGAUGAUAAUAUCGGUGGCAGUUCCAAGGACACAUUGCGGGAAGAUCCAAUACCAUGGAAUGAAUUAGACGAUUACUACAAUUACGAAAAUGAGUAUUAUGAGGAUUUUUACGGAAACAACCGAAGAAACUAUAAUCGCAGAAACUAUAGAAGACUAUCGGGUUUUGAAGAUCCCUUAAGUAAAUUAUUACGAAGAAAGAAGUCCCAAAGUAAUUUUGAUGAUGAAGAUGAUGAAGACAGUGUUUAUGGAUAUGAAGAAGGCGGAUAUGAUGAAGAUGAUUCUGAUGUUGAAAACAUUGCAUUCAUUAGAAGAACAAAAAAGAAAGAGAGUAAUGAAGAUUCGAAUGAAGAUGAUGAUGAAGAAGAUGAAACAGACGAUGGAUAUGAAGAUGAUGGAUAUGAAGAGGAUGAUGACGAUGAUGAUGAAAAUGAAGAGGAAGACAGUGAAGAAACCCAUAAUAGUGUGAAGAAAAAGACAAAAAGAAAACCGAUUGUGAAAAAUUCUGGAGAAAACUAUGAAACAAUUGGACAACCGGACGCAGAAGGAAAUAUAUUUAUUGAAUUGAAAGAUGAUGAAAAAGUUGAAGCAAGUGUGGUGAAGAUUAAUAAAAAGAAGAAAAAACCAACAGUUAAUGACAAUGAAAAUAGUGAUGAAGACGAUGAUGAAGAUAGUGAAGAAGUCGAAGAAGAUACAGAUGAAAAUGAUGAUAGUGAUAAAAAUGAUGAAGAUGAUGAAGAUAAUGAUGAUGAUGACAGAAUUGUGGUGUUGUGUGUGGUUGAUGUCAAAUCAAGAGUUUCUGGAAACUCCCAGAUUAUCCAUGCCCGUGGCCUUGGAUAUCCUGGUCAGAUGUUUGAAAGAUUAAUUCCAACAAUUGGCUAUAGAAAUGUUGUACCUGCAAAUUCACCUAGACGUAUUGAAGCACGUCAUUACACUGAUCCUGAUGAUCCAGAUCAGGAUAUGUUUCCUCCUGAAUCUCAGAGUCAAUUUGAUCGUUACGAAGCAGAAGACAAUGAUGAAAUGGAUCCUUAUAACUAUCCUCAGAAACGAAAACCAUCUUCGGGUAUUUCUCAAAUCGCUUAUAAUGAAAAUAAAAGGAAACAACAAUAUAACCAAGAUGGAGAGGAUGAAAACGAAGAGAACGAAGACGAAGCAGAUGAACAUAUGGCUUCUAAUACCGCCGAUAACAUUGAAUCAGUGGGAGACAAAUUGGGAGGAGAUGACGAAGAUGAUUUUGAGGAAGAAAUGGGAUACAGAAGCAACAAGGUUUAUCUAAAUAUUCCUGCCCAUGCAGCUUAUCCUAAAAGAAGUCAAACUAAAAUUCGAUAUUCUACAAGAAAUUAUCCAAGUAAAGAAAAUCUGAGAAGAAGUAAUAAAAAGACAAAAAGUGUUAAAAGAAAAAGACCAUCUCAAAUAUCUGAUGAAGAUUAUUAUCAAAGCAACUAUCAAAAAGUUAACAUUGCUCAGAGACGCAAUGAAAAUUACAAACAACAGCUGAAUUUGAAGCCAAUUACUAAAUCACCAAAUCAAUUUGUUGCAACUCCAAUAGCUGAUUUGAUAUUGAGACUAUCAAUUUCUUUGGCUAGACCGAUUGGUAAUGGAAAUGGAACUGCAUCAUUUUUUAAUAUUCCUAUUCGUUUGUCAAAUAAUGGAAUUGAAGAAAAUACACCUUCAUUAAAUUCAACUACAAGUAAAGUGGGUAGUGAAGAAGGUAAUAAAUUAAUUGAUGUUGCUGUUCCUCAUUCGAUUAAUGCAGAAGUUAGUGAAAAUCAUGAGAUAAAUGAUAAAGAAGAUGAUGACGAUAAAGAUCAAGAAUCAACUUAA